AUGGCGGGCGCGGUUUGCAGGGUCUACAAGAGAAGACCUGGCCUGCGGAAGCAGAAGAGGCCAGGUCCAGUCGCCUUGGCGACAGAAUGUGGCUUGCCCAGCACGGCCCAGGCUCGCGGGAGUCGUCCUGCUUUGCCUGACCUGGCCACUCAAGGCCAUGUCAACAACACGGCGGAGGGGAUUGAUGCCAAUUCUAGUGACGGCACGCUGUCGGCUUCGCCCAUGUACAUUUCUCCCAUUCUCCAAAUGUCCAACCUGGCCAAUAAACAGAGAAAACAGAGAAUACCGAGUAUGUUUAGCCUUAACAAAAAUCCAUAA